AUGCCUGGCAUCGAUCCCCAGAUCAUCUGCCAUCGCCUACACGUCAACCCAGCCAUCAAGCCUGUAGCGCAGAAGAGACGCAACUUCGCCCCCGAGCGAGUCGCCAUCAUUGAAGCUGAGAUCGACAAGCUUCUAGUUGCCGGUUUCAUUGAAGAAGUCUCAUACGCAGAAUGGCUGGCGAACGUUGUUCUAGUAGCAAAGAAAGAUAAAGGCCUGUGGAGAGUGUGCGUCGACUAUACUGACCUCAACAAGGCAUGUCCUAAAGAUAACUUUCCACUGCCGAGAAUUGACCAGCUCGUCGAUUCAACUUCCGGCAAUCAACUGCUAAGCUUCAUGGACGCCUACUCCGGUUACAACCAGAUCAUGAUGCAUGAAGACGACAAGGCAAAGACCUCUUUCAUCAUCGAAAGAGGUACCUACUGCUACAAGGUCAUGCCCUUUGGGCUGAAGAACGCCGGGGCAACCUACCAAAGGCUGGUAAAUAAAAUUUUCAAAGAGCAAAUCGGCAAGACUAUGGAGGUCUACGUAGACGACAUGCUAGUCAAAGCUCCCGAGCGAGCAGACCACAUCGAGAAUCUUGCCGAGGCAUUCAGCAUACUCCGAAAAUACAACAUGAAGUUGAACCCGAGCAAAUGCACAUUUGGAGUCUCGUCCGGCCGAUUCCUUGGAUACUUAGUCACCCAAAGAGGAAUUGAGGCACAUCCAAAUCAAAUCAAGGCUAUACUCAACAUGAAGUCACCUGCCACAACAAAGGAGAUACAAAGUCUAACGGGUAGGGCGGCAGCUCUCAACCGAUUCCUCUCUAGAUCUACCGACAAAUGCAGGCCAUUUUUCAAAGCCUUGAAGAAGGGACACAAGGAUAAGUGGGAUGACGAGUGUGAAGUAGCUUUUCAAAACUUGAAAACUUACCUCACUUCACCUCCAUUGCUCUCAAAGCCGAUACCAGGCGAAGACUUGUACAUCUACCUAGCGGUGUCCGGCUCAGCUGUCAGCUCAGCUCUCAUCCGAGAAGAGCUGGGGGCACAACAUCCGGUAUUCUACACUUCAAAAGCUCUCCUCGAUGCAGAGACUCGCUAUCCGAAAAUGGAGAAGCUCAUUUUUUCCCUUGUGGUUUCUGCAAGAAAGUUAAGGCCCUACUAUCAAGCACACCGGAUAAUUGUCAUAACAGAAUUUCCUUUGAGAUCGAUCCUUCACAGCCCCGACGCUUCUCAGCGACUCAUGAAAUGGGCUAUCGAACUCAGUCAAUACGACCUCCUCUACCGGCCGAAGACUGCUAUAAAAGCCCAAGCUUUAGCAGAUUUUGUUGUAGAGUUUACUCCGACAGCCGAAGAAGAGAAGAUGGUUACGAAAAGCAAGGAAAAAGCGGACGACACCUCCCCCACCGAUUCGAACCUACCUAACGACAUGUGGCAGUUGCAUGUAGACGGAGCAUCAAAUCACAAGGGAGCGGGAGCGGGAGUCGUCAUAAUCACCCCAGACGGAACCUUGUUGGAACAAGCUAUCACACUAGGCUUUUCUGCUUCAAACAACGAGGCAGAAUAUGAGGCACUGCUUGCAGGAUUACGCCUAGCGAAAGAACUGUCGAUCAAGAGACUGGCCGUCUACUCAGACUCCCAACUGAUCACGAAUCAAGCCUCAGGCGAGUACAUGGCAAAGCACCCAAGAAUGGUUCAGUACCUCGACAAAGUCCAAGGACUUUUGAAAGAAUUUCCUACUUUCACCAUCCAACAAGUUCCACGGGCAGAGAACACUCAUGCAGAUGCGUUGGCGAGCCUAGGAUCAGCACUGGACACCCAGUUCAGACGCUCCAUCCCAGUUGAACACCUUGACCGGCCAAGCAUCGAGGAAAUAGAGCCGAUCGACUCAAUGCAGAUUGAUGAGGACCCCAGCUGGCAAGACCCCAUCAUCGACUACUUAGUGAAUGGAAACCUGCCAAUGGAUAAGUCCGAAGCUAGGAAGGUCCAGCAGAAGGCCGCGAGAUACUAUAUGCACGGCAGCAAGCUCAUCCGUAGAUCAUACUCCGGCCCUCAUCUCACCUGCAUAAAGUACCCUCAAACACUUGAAGUCCUCUCCGAAAUUCACGACGGCGAGUGUGGCAACCACUCGGGGGGCAGGUCACUCGCCCAGAAAACUCUAAACGUAGGCUAUUUCUGGCCUACCAUGCGCCACGACUCUGCUGAAUAUGUCAAAAGAUGUGAUCGUUGCCAACGAUACAAGCCGAUCCCUAAUCUGCCUGCCGAAGUUUACCAUCCGCAAAACAGUCCAUGGCCAUUCAUGCAAUGGGCCAUCGACUUAGUGGGUCCCUUGCCACCGGCGCCUGCCAAGAAAGAAAUGAUGAUCGUCGCCACCGACUACUUUACUAAAUGGAUCGAGGCGAAGCUCUAUCCUCUACUAAAGAAGCCGAUGUGGAGCGAUUCAUCUGGAGAAAUAUCAUCUGCCCACAAAACACAACAGUUGUCCAUAAGCAGCGUCCUUCGGGAGACGCAGGGCAACGACCAGAAGUGUCCUUCGGGAGACGCAGCCCAUAAAAAGCGUCCUAAGGGAGACGCAGGGUGCGCCAGGAAUUUCCUAAGGGAGGAGCGUCCUAAGGGAGACGCAGGGCGACGACUAAAAGCGUCCGUUUGGAGACGCAGCCCACUAAAAAAGCGUCCUAAGGGAGACGCAGGGUGCGCCAGGAAUUUCUUAAAAGGAGGUCUCCAUGCCUCCUGCGGGAAGUAUCCAGAGCGUCCUAAGGGAGACGCAGGGCGACAACUAAAAGCGUCCGUUUGGAGACGCAGCCCACUAAAAAAGCGUCCUAAGGGAGACGCAGGGUGCGCCAGGAAUUUCUUAAAAGGAGGUCUCCAUGCCUCUUGCGGGAAGUAUCCAGGUUCCUAUCCGUUUCCUAAGGGAGGCAGGAUAGUCACACAGUUGCCCAUAAGCAGCGUCCUUCGGGAGACGCAGGGCGACGACCAAGCCAACCUAAGAGAUAUGCAGAACACGUCCGAAGUCCUUCAAGAGGAACCCUGA